CUCGUGCACCCCAGAAUGCCCUUCCCGCCUCGUCCGUAACCCUCCACCCCUCCAAAAAAACUACCACGCACCGGACUCCAUGGACGCCAGCCUCCGCACGCUAUCUCCGGCAAGCUUCCCCGACGAGGUCCGCUCCGCCGUCUCCUCCCUGCUCCUCUCCCCCGGCGCCAGCGCCAUCGACACCGUCUUCUCCCACCUCCCGCCGCCGGUCACCAUCCCGCCGCUCGGCUCCAGCGUCUACUACCGCCAGUGCGAGCUCCUCCGCCACUUCGCCGCGUCGCAGCCGCAGAGCGCCGCUUCCUCAUCCUCGUCCGCCGCGAGUUUCCAGGCGCCAGACGACGCGGCGGCGGCGGCCGUGCUGCGGCAGAAGCCGUACCGCGGCGUGCGGCAGCGGCAGUGGGGGAAGUGGGUGGCCGAAAUCCGGCUGCCGCAGAACAGGGUGCGCGUCUGGCUCGGCACCUACGACUCCCCCGGGACCGCCGCCCACGCGUACGACCGCGCCGCGUACAAGCUCCGCGGCGAGUACGCGCGCCUCAACUUCCCAGGCGUCAUGGACGGACCCGACUGCCCCGAGAACCUGCGGCAGCUCCGCGCCACCGUGGAUGCCAAGAUCCAGGCCAUCCGCGCCCGCCUGGCGCGCAAGCGCGUGCGCGCCCGCAAGCAGCGCGAGGAGAGCAAGCAGAGCCCUCGCUCCGAGGGCGCGACGGCGCCCAAAACUGCCACACGCCCGGCCGUCUCGGAGGGCGCAACGACGUCCGAGACAACUGCGACGUCGACGACGUCGUACGGGUCACCGGACGGGGUGCUGUCCGUGAGCGCGGGCUCAGCCGACGACGAGUGGCCGCUGGAUGGGAUGCCGUCGUUUGAUCCCGAGUUGAUCUGGGAGAUGCUUAACUUCUAGAGGGCUAGAUGGUGAACGGAAGGAACCAUGGACACCAAGACCAACCAACAUGAAGGUCCUCGUGCGGACAUGGUUGCAGUGUGUGAGCUCUUACACUUUGCAGUUAGGUGCUGGAUUUUUAAUUUGCAAGCAUAUAACUUAUCACUAGAAGGAUUAUACGAACAAUAAAAUGCCCAAGAAAAAAAUUGGGCGUCCUAGCCACUACCACUACUGAUUAGUAACUGGAUGCUCGGCCUGUCGUGGGUUUUCGGAUCGACCGACAAGCUGUAAAACUAAUUGCUGAAUUCCUAGCUCCACAAAAGUGUUCCGGUGUUCUUCAACUAGUAGCGUUCACCUCCUCUGUUUCUUGUUCUGUUUGUGUGAGAAUUACAAUCGCCACAUGGUUCAGAGUUCAGAAGCGUGUGUGCAGUGUACUGUACAGUUGUCGAGCUGAAGCGUGUGCGGGUUUAACUACGAGUAUUUGAUUUGAUUUUCUGAAAGAAACCUCGCAGCAGUGGUCUAUCCAUGGAGAUAA